UGAUACACAAGAACUCAUACUUAUAAUUUGAAAAUAGGACUAAGUUAUUUUCUUUCUCAACUAUUGCAUCUCUGCCUGUUGUUCUGUUGAAGACAGUGACAUUGGCUGGAUACUGUCCUGUAUGUCAGGUUGGUUGGGGGUACCUCCAGGGGUCAGCGGACAGGCACACUUAAAGGUUUGGGGCAAUCGAUAUCUCACUGAUGAUGGAUACAUCUUCCAUAAUUUCACAACCGUUACCAUUGACUCCAAGGGAUCUUCAGUAUUUAUCCAGACAGACAAACCAGUCUACAAACCCAAACAGAAAGUGCUGAUAAAUGUGUUCACUGUCACCCCUGACCUUCGACCCACCAAUCAAAAGGUAAGGUUUCUCUCUGCGUCUGACAUGUUUCAAUGUUGAAAAAUAAUUAAAAACAACAAGAGUGAUUUAUUAAACUAGUGACCAAUUACGGGCAACAACUGAACGAUUUUCAGAACCAGUUUUAGAAAUGAGGAAAAAUUUCUGUCUUCGCUCUUCAGUGAUGUCUGGAUUAGGGAGCUUUCCUACUUGUGAUCCAAUUCACUGCCCAGUGUGAUGUAAAUCACUCAUUUCUGGGUCAGUAUCUGCACCCUGUAGUUACAGAUUUUGGUGGAUUCCCUUCUUGCAUUCCCUCCUCUGUCAGUAAGGGGUACAAUGUCAGGAGGUUACAGCUGAGUGGGAUGUGGACCGAAUGAGUGGUGAAUUAGAUUUGUGUAAGUUCUAAUAAGACUUUUUUCAGGUUUAAAUAUAGAUUAA